AUGAAAAGAGAAUUCGACCUCAUAGACGAAGAAGAAGAUGCUGACAUUGCAGGAAAUAUCGUAGUGGAUUCUGACAGUGACUCUUCCGCUUCGGAUUCCGAAAACUCUGACGGAGAGCUUCAAGACGAGAUUGUUUCUUCAGACGAUGAAGCCACUGAAGGGAACAAUGACAAAACGAAUAAGGUUCAGAAGCCGGUAAAGAAAAGACCUAAUGUGGCGGAUUUUCCUAGUUUGGAACAAUCAGAUGAUGAAGGUAGAAGCCAAAAAGACAACAAUAAUGACAUUUCAGAGUAUUUUCUACAGAGUAAUCCAACGGACCUAAAAGGGAAGAAAGCCAAAGCAGGUUCAUUUGCCUCGUUCGGUCUAUCUAAAUUCCUUUUAGGGAAUAUUGCAAGAAAGGGUUACAGACAACCUACUCCUAUUCAAAGAAAAACGAUGCCUUUAAUUAUGUCCAACAGGGAUGUUGUUGGUAUGGCUAGAACAGGAUCGGGUAAAACAGCUGCUUUCCUACUACCUUUAGUUGAGAAACUGAAAGUCCAUUCUGCUAAGGUUGGUAUUAGGGCUAUCAUUCUUUCGCCUUCACGUGAAUUGGCUGUGCAAACCUUUAGACAGUUCAAAGAGUUCAGUAGAGGUACCAACUUGAGAGCAAUGUUGCUGAUCGGUGGUGAUUCAAUGGAAGACCAGUUUGGUGCUAUGAUGUCGAAUCCUGAUGUGGUGAUUGCCACUCCUGGUAGAUUCUUACACUUGAAGGUUGAAAUGAGUUUGGAUCUCAAGAGUAUUGAGUAUGUGGUAUAUGAUGAAGCAGAUAGAUUAUUUGAGAUGGGUUUUGCUGAACAAUUAAACGAACUGCUAGCUGCAUUGCCACAUCGAAGACAAUCUCUUUUGUUUUCUGCUACUUUGCCAAGCUCUUUGAUUAAUUUUGCCAAAGCUGGAUUAAUAAAUCCAGUACUAGUACGAUUAGACGCCGAAUCCACGAUUUCCGAUCAGUUGGAAAUGGCAUUCAUAUCCUCUAAGGAUAACGAGCGUGAGGGAAAUCUUCUUUACCUAUUGCAAGAGGUCAUCAAGAUGCCUCUAGCUUCAUCAGAUCAAUUGAAGCAAAUCGCUGAAGGUGAUGAAGAUGAUGAAGAUGAAGAAACACAGGAAAAUGAUUAUAACAACAGAAAUAAGUCAGGAAAUGGGAGCCGUAAAGCCCCACGUUUUAACCGUUCUCUCAGGCUUCCUCGUGCAACAGACUUGCCCACACCACAUUCAACUAUUGUUUUCGUUCCUACCAAACAUCAUGUUGAGUUCAUCACUACACUUUUGAAGAAGAUUGGAUAUGCUGUGGCAUACACUUAUGGUUCUCUGGAUCAGCAUGCUCGUCGCCAGCAACUUCUAAAUUUCCGUGCCGGUAUUGCUACCGUGUUGGUGGUCACAGAUGUUGCUGCUCGUGGUAUUGACAUCCCUGUUUUGGCAAAUGUCAUCAAUUUCUCUUUACCAGCAAGUUCCAAGAUUUUCGUCCACAGGGUUGGUCGUACUGCUCGUGCAGGUCAUAGAGGAUGGGCAUAUUCGAUUGUACAAGACCGAGAGCUUCCGUACUUAUUGGAUUUGGAACUGUUUUUGGGACGUAAAGUUCUUUUAACUGAGAUGCAAAACGGAAAGGUUCACCUUUUGCAAGAGAGAUAUAAAAAAGAGCACAAUGGAUCUUUAGAAGGGUUUGAACCUCCAGCCGUGUCGUUCACCCAAAGAUUGGUCCUUGGAUCGUGCCCACGUAAUCCCUUAGAAGGGUAUCUGGAAAUGUUCAAUACCAUCAUGAAAGACUCGUAUGAUUUACAGUUGCAAAGUGGAGUUGCCACAAAAGCUGAAAAGCUAUACUUUAGAACUAGAGGUGCUGCUUCUAGUGACUCUGUCAGACGAACCAAAGAGUUGAAGGCAUCUGGAAAGUGGGAUGAGCAAAAUAUCCUUUUUGGAGCAAACGAGGAGUAUGAAAAAGAAUUAUUUUUGGCAAAGCUCCGAGACCGUAAGGACCGUGAAACAGUCUUUGAAUUUGGACACAAUGACGAUCACCUUGCCCUGAUGAUGGCAAAACGUCGUAGACAGGUGGCACCAGUUCAAAAAAGAGCAGCGGAACGUCGUGCUUUGUUGCAACAGGAAAAAGAGGCUGGGCUCGCAAACUCACUCCACGACGAUCUUAUUAAAGGUGACGCUAAUGAGAUCGGCUAUAGCACCGUGAACGAGCAAGAACUGAGUUCUGCGUUUGAAGACGGUGAUAGGUUACUUGGCAAGAAAAGUUUCAAAGAUGAGUCUGUUUUCAUGUCACAUUAUGCUCCGGUAUCUUCAUUGCAGGAUAAGCAGAUGGAGGAAGAUGGAGAAGCCAAUUCUGGAUCUUACUUCGCCCAGGAAGCACAAAGAGCUGCGUUUGACCUUGCAGAUGAUGAUGGUGUGCAAGUGCAUAGACAGACUAUGCAAUGGGACAAAAAGAAAGGUAAAUAUGUCAAUGCAAAGUCUACAGACAAGAAGUUUAUUGUUGGCGAAAGUGGAGCUCGUAUCCCUGCCAGUUACAAAGCUGGUAAAUUCGAAGCUUGGAGUCAUGCCAAUGGUGGUUCCAAACACCGCGUUGGUGCUAAGGAAGAAGCUGGUGUGAACAGCAACUCUUUUGCAGGAAAUGCUUCUAGCAGGUUGGCUAACGGAAAGAUUAGACAUAAGCAGACCAAGGCACCAAAGAUCCCACUGAAGGGUAGAGAUGACUACUACAAGCAAAAGAAGAAGGUGGAGGGUGCACUUGGAGCGGGUAUGAGAAUAAAAGGAUUCAAACCAGUUGGAUCUGGAUCAGGGGUUAAUGAACUGCGUAACACAGAGCAAAUCAGACAUAAGCGUGUGAUUGAUGAGAAGAACGAAGCUCGAUACGGGAACUUUGCCAGGAGAGGCGGCCGUGGUGGAGGCCGCGGUGGAGGCCGCGGUGGAGGCCGUGGAGGAGGCCGUGGAGGAGGCCGUGGAGGAGGCCGUGGAGGAAGCCGUGGAGGCCGUAGAUAG